AUGAAAACAAAACUGUUUGCAGCACCAACGGAGCGUCAACUACUUGAAGAAAUGAACGAGUCUCUUACGAAGUCGCCUGUAUUAACCAGAAGCGCUGUCAAGGCCCUCAACUCCUUAUUUUAUAUGCUAAGCACAAAGAAAUUGUCGGAGGAAACCAUCAGAAAUGUGUAUAUAACACUUUUGAAAGGAUUUCAAUCCAAAGAUCUUUAUCUAAAGCUCUGUAUAUACUCUGCGAUAGAAGAAAUGUCUAAACUCACUAACGAAGGUCUGGUUGGGAUAAACAUACUGAUGAACGACUUAAAUGGAAAGAUUCCAGACGAUGUUAAAGCAAUGGCUUUAAGAACAUUGUUUUCCAUUGUACCUGAUGAGAUGGUAUACGACUUUGGAAAGUAUGUGAAUCAGGCAUUUAUCUCUACCUCGCAGGCCAGAAAAGAUAUGUCUAUUGUUGUAGCAUAUAAGCUUCUUUGCAGUAAUUUUACACAAGUGAAAAAGUGGCUGGAAGGAGUUGAACUUUCUGGAAAUCCCUUAAUGGACUAUCACAUCACAGGUUUUCUGGCACAGUCUAGGAGGCUCCACUUGAGCUCGGUGGAACAUUCUAGAGGCCCUGCAGGAAUCAUUGGGGUUCGGAUGGUUGUCGAUUCAAUGAAGGAGAACAGCGAAGCUCUUCCAAUUCUUAGAAGAUUCCUUAACUCAAAAUACUGCGACGAGAUGAUAUUCAUGGAAGCAGCCAGGGCAGUCUCCGGCCUUAGUGAAGAGUAUGGGUCUCAGUUUGUUGAUCAAGCAGUCCAGUCCUUACGAAUAUUCCUCAAGUCCACAAAUAUAGUUCUACAGUUUAGUGCAAUAAGAAUUGUUUCUCAGCUUGCACAGAAGUAUCCCCAGAAGGUUUCUGUUGCUAAUAAAGAAAUCGAAGAUCUUGUGUCAUCUGAGAACAAAUCCAUCUCCAUGUUUGCAAUUACUUCACUCCUCAAGACAGGAACGGAGGAAACAAUAGACAGACUUGUAAGUCUAAUUCCAAGUAUGGUCCAUGAUAUGGGAGAUGGAUUUAAGAAAAUUGCCAUUGAUACGUUGGAGUCUUUAAGUAAUCUUUUUGAGUCAAGGAAGUUUCUAUACGUCGAUUUUCUUGGAAACUCACUUCUGCAAAGAGGAGAACUUGAAUUCAAGAAGUAUAUAAUUGAGGUUAUUUCAAGAGCUGUAAAGAACGACGGCAUGAGAGAAAGGAUUCUUGAGAUUCUUUGCACAUACAUUGAGGAUUCCCAGUACUACCAAAUAACCUUAGAUGUCCUUGGAAUACUUGGACAAGAAAUUCCUAAGUCUAGGGCGCCUAGUAAAUAUGUGGUUCAUGUAUUGAACAGACUUAUCCUGGAAAACAACCAUGUAAGAGCAGGAGCCUUGCAGUGUCUAUACAACAUCUCUUCUGUUGUUUCUCCAUCGACUGUAGAAAAUGCAAUGAAGAGAUGUCUUGGCGAUCAGGAUGAAUCGAUAAGAGAAACAGCAGCCUUUUUAUUAAGAAACAUGAAGCUGGAAAGGUCGUGUAAGCCUUUUAGUCUGGAUGAGCUUGGAGAUCUCAAGGGUCGUGUGCUUCAACAUAUUGGAAAGUCGGAUGAGGAUGCUAAAGCAGAAAGAGAUACACUGAUAAAGAAUUGUAGAGAGUUGAUUCUUACUGAGCCUAAUGCAGAUGUACAGAUCAAGGUUAUCAAGAAGGUUUAUGAGGACAAAAUAAUUCUCGAAUUUUCAUUGGAAAAUAGUCUUGAAGGAAUACAAAUCUGCGAUGGUGUGUUAAAUCUUGCAAGCUCGGAUGGUGAAGAAAGAAACAUAAGUAUCAAGAUAGAGCAGAUAGAGCCUUUGGGGUCCCUCUUGAUUGCAAGAGAAUGGAACGUAAAAGAGGGCUGCGUCAUCAAUGGAGCAUUUGACUUCACUAUUUGUAUGGAAGGGGACAUGUCAGACACAGAAACCGAUUCUAUUUCCCUCGAGCCCUUCCAAAUAACCACUUUGGACUUUGUAAAACCGGCCAGAGUAAAGAAAAGCCCGAAUAGGAGAAAUGAAAUCUCCUUUAACCUACAAGGAGAUAUCUACACAGCAGGAAAAAAAAUCUUGGAUCUUCUUAACAUGAAGAUAAUCAGCCAAGAAUCUGAAAGUAGCACAAUGUCUAUGGUAUUGAAUGGAGAAUAUUACGAAACCCCGGUUAUCAUACACGUAAAGUUGGUUUUCAACGUGGCUUGUAAAUGCGCUAUUGAAGUCUAUUGUGAUAAUGAGCAAGUGGCCCAGAAGAUUGUUAGACUGUUCGAUUGA